CUCUAGAAUUUUCGUAGAUUGUUAUUGUUAUAAUCUUUAUUACUUCUGUUAAUACAAAAAACGAAAAACAAGCGAAAGAUUUGUAAUGCGAGAUAAUUUUUUCAUUAUAUCGCUUCCUUAUCAUCCGCAAUGUACUGAUCAGUCUGCAUCCGUGCAGUUUAAGUUUUUUUGUCGCAAAAUGACUCCGCUCGAGCAGACUUUUCGAUAUUUUUCAAUUCCAAUGCUGAAAAUCGGAACGUUGGACUCAUUGAUGGAAGCUAGCGAUAAACUCACGAAACUUGAUGCACAAAUGGAAACCUCAGUUAAAAGGCUGGUCGGGCUUAUGGAAGAAAUAUCAGGAAAGCCAAGAAACAUUGUCACGACAUUUCGGAUUAACCAAACACAAGAAAUGUCUCCUUCUGGUUACCUUAAAAAUUUCAUGUGGAGCACACAGCAGUUUGAUCCACAAGAUAGUAUUCUGUUGUUGAUCGAUAAGCUUGAUAAAAUAAACCAAUCUGCUGAGGAAAGGGUGCGUGUAAAGUUGACAGAGUAUAACGAUUUGCGUAAUAAAAUACUAGUAGCGAAUAAAAAACUCGAUGGAAAUCUCUCAAUACGUCCAAUACAUGAAUUAGUUGACCGAUCUAGAUCUGACUCUCAGAGUAUUGUGGACACAGACCUUCUCGUUACGGUAUUCGUUGCUGUCCCUGUUUCUCAACAAAAGGAAUGGCUGCAUGAAUACUGGAGAAUGAAUGAAUACGUCUGCCCACAAUCCAAUCAUGUUAUUGCUGAGGAUAAAGAAUAUGUUUUGAACAGUGUUGUUGUUUUUCGUAAGGUAGCUGAUGACUUUAAGAGUGCAUGUCGCAAAAAGCGUUAUGUCGUGAGAGAAAUCGCUAAGGAUAAUGACUUUUCACCAGCUGAACUCAAGGAUACGCAACAACUAGAGGAAAGGAAGAGAAAGACUCUGUAUGCUCUCCUUUGGCAACAGUACUGCGUUUGCUUUGUUGCAUGGAUACAUCUAAAGGCUAUGCGAGUGUUUGUUGAAUCUGUACUAAGGUAUGGGCUUCCAUCUCUUUUUGUUUCUUUUGUUCUAGACGCUUCCUCUGAUAAAGAAGUAGAGGUUCGCAAACGCAUUAUUCAGCUUUAUGCAGAAUUUUCUUCGCCAUUAGAAAUUGACUCAGUACUAAACGUUGGCGCUUUGCAGCAAGAGUACCCUUAUGUUUCUCUUAAAGUAUCGAAUAUUCAGAAAUAAUAUGCAAGUUUAUGCGAGCUCAUAUUUAUGCUUUUUUAUUUAGUCAUUUAUUGUUUCAACAGCUUUCAUUAGCCUUUUUAUUAUAUUCGAACAGUACGUAAGGAAGAGAAGGGAGAA